GGUGUCACUUCGCGCGGGAUCGGGAGAACGGAAUUAUCAUCGCUUGCGAAAGUUUUUCCGUUGUUUAUGGUUACUUCAUUACUUUAUCUGUCAAUAAUUUGUACUCUACUUUUUCUGAUCUGAAAGCGUAUUACGUGUACACUUCAUAAUUUUCUAAAUGGCGAUGGGUGACGGAUUUCCCACCCGAUGAAGUGACAGAAAACGGAAUUCAUUUUUGAAACGAUUAAGGGAGAAGCAGGUGCCUAUUCCAUUAUCAACAUAAUGUUUAAAGGAACACUUUUUCAGCAAAAGGCUUCUUUCUUAUUUAUCUUUUAAUGUGGAGUAGGACUACCGAAAAAGUUUUGUUACGUGGAAUUUCCAUAAAUUUAUCAUAUUUUAAACGGCGUUUUGUCAAAAUGAGCUCAGCAGUAGAGAAUGGAGCUGGAGAUGGAGGCUCUAAAAAGAAAACCAUCGAAGGUAUUUACCAGAAGAAAUCACAGUUGGAGCAUAUUUUGCUCCGACCUGACACGUACAUCGGUUCAGUUGAGUUUAUCACUGAGAUGAUGUGGGUGUACGACAAAGAAAAAGAAGCGAUGGUUCAGAGAGAAAUAAAGUACGUCCCUGGGCUUUAUAAGAUAUUUGACGAAAUCCUGGUUAAUGCAGCUGAUAAUAAACAACGUGAUCCGAAAAUGGAUUCAAUCAAAAUAGAUAUAGAUGCAGAAAACAACACUAUAUCAGUGUGGAAUAACGGUAAAGGAAUACCAGUUGUUAUUCAUAAAGAAGAGAACAUGUACGUGCCAACAAUGAUCUUCGGACACUUGUUGACAUCCUCAAACUAUGACGACGAAGAGGAGAAAGUAACUGGAGGCAGAAAUGGAUAUGGAGCAAAAUUAUGUAACAUUUUCAGUCAUCGAUUCACGGUUGAAACUGCUUCCAAAGAGUACAAGAGAAGUCUGAAACAGACUUGGGGUAACAAUAUGGGCAAAGCGAGUGAACCAAGAAUCAAAGAAUUUGCCGGGGAGGAUUUCACGAAAGUUACUUUUUCGCCUGAUUUAACAAAGUUCAAAAUGCAGUCUCUAGACGACGAUAUUGUAUCACUAAUGUCUCGUCGAGCAUUUGAUGUAGCUGCUUCUAGCGGCGGUGUGAAAGUUUUUCUCAAUGGUACCCGAGUUCCAGUCAAGAACUUCAAAGAUUACAUAGAUCUGUAUAUCAAAGGAAAGGAAGAUGACGUCGGAAACCCACUUAAAAUUGCCUACGAGCACAGCGGACCUCGCUGGGAAGUAGCAAUGACGUUGUCUGACAAAGGAUUCCAGCAGAUGUCGUUUGUAAACAGCAUUGCAACAACAAAAGGCGGCCGACAUGUUGACCACGUAACAGACAUGAUUGUCAAACAACUCCUCGAGACGUUGAAGAAGAAAAACAAAGGGGGCAUCGCUAUUAAACCGUUCCAGAUUAAAAAUCACAUGUGGAUCUUUGUGAAUUGUCUCGUUAACAACCCUACUUUUGAUUCGCAAACGAAAGAGAACAUGACUCUUCAGGCUAAGAGCUUUGGUUCAAAGUGUGUGCUUAGUGAAAAGUUUAUCACGACUGUAACAAAAAUAGGAAUAGUAGAAUCGGUGUUGUCUUGGGCCAAAUUUAAAGCAGACAGUCAGUUGCAGAAACUAGGUCCAAAAUCUAAGCAAAGGAAACUACAAGGAAUUCCGAAAUUGGAAGAUGCUAACGACGCAGGUACUGGUAGAUCUAUGGAGUGUACCUUAAUAUUAACGGAGGGAGACUCAGCCAAAACGAUGGCUGUGUCAGGAAUGUCUUCGAUUGGUCGUGACAAAUUCGGCAUAUUUCCUUUGAAAGGUAAAAUUUUAAAUGUACGAGAAGCAACCCACAAGCAGAUUCUCGAAAAUGCUGAGAUUAACAAUUUGAUCAAGAUUCUCGGUUUACAAUACAAAAAGAAGUACGAAACCAGAGAUGACUUGAAGACUCUACGUUACGGAAAGAUGAUGAUCAUGACAGAUCAGGAUCAGGACGGUUCGCACAUCAAAGGUCUUUUAAUCAAUUUCAUUCACCACAACUGGCCUUCGUUGUUAAAGCACAACUUCGUGGAGGAGUUUAUCACACCAAUCGUGAAAGCGAGAAAGGGAAAUCAAUGUUUUUCCUUCUUUUCGUUGCCUGAAUUUGAAAUCUGGAAGAAGGAAACGGAAAACUAUCACACAUACAAAAUCAAAUACUACAAAGGUUUGGGUACUUCCACUGCUGCUGAGGCAAAGGAGUACUUUGAAAACAUGACCAGACAUAGGAUUAAGUUUAAGUAUGAAGGUGAUCAAGACGAUCAAAACAUCAUCAUGGCUUUCAGUAAGAAGUGUGCUGAUCAGCGAAAAGACUGGUUGACAAGUCACAUGGAAGAGACCAAGAGAAGGAAAGAGAUAGGACUUAGUGAGCGGUAUUUGUACCAAAAAGAGACUCGCGCCGUGAGCUUCUCCGACUUCGUGAACGUCGAAUUGGUCCUCUUCAGUAACUACGAUAAUGUGAGGUCGAUACCAAACAUGAUAGACGGUCUAAAGCCGGGUCAGAGAAAAGUCCUUUACACUUGUCUAAAGCGUAACGACAAGAAGGAAGUGAAAGUGGCUCAGUUGGGAGCAUCCGUGGCUGAACAGUCGGCUUACCACCACGGUGAAAUGUCGCUUAUGGCGACCAUUGUUAACUUGGCGCAGAAUUUUGUGGGCAGCAAUAACAUCAACCUGCUUCAGCCCAUUGGUCAAUUUGGAACCAGGCUUCAGGGCGGAAAAGAUUCUGCAAGUGCGAGAUACAUCUUCACGAUGCUCAGUCCUCUAGCGCGUUUUAUCUUCCACAAACACGACGAUGCUCUACUGAGACCCGAAUAUGAUGACAACCAGAAAAUCGAACCGGUGUACUACGUGCCAAUCAUACCAAUGGUGCUAGUGAACGGUGCUGAUGGUAUUGGAACUGGUUGGAUGACAAAAAUUCCAAACUUUAAUCCACGUGAAAUCAUAGAUAAUCUGUUCAGAAUGAUGGAUGGCGGAGAGCCCAAGCCAAUGAUUCCUUUUUACAAAAACUUUAAAGGAACCAUAGAGAGCUGUGGAGAUUAUCGAUACGUAAUCAGUGGUGAGAUCUCAGUUAUUGGACCCGAUAAGGUAGAAAUAACUGAGCUUCCUAUUGGAACUUGGACACAAGUCUACAAAGAAUCCGUUCUAGAUCCAAUGUUGCACGGAACUGAUAAAACCCCAUCUGUAAUUACGGAUUAUAAGGAAUACAACACGGACACAACCGUCCACUUCAUUGUAACAAUGAAUCGCGAUAAGUUAGUUGAAUUCGAAAGAGAUGGUCUGCACAAAAUCUUCAAACUACAAAGUACCAUGACAAUUACAUCGAUGUGUGCUUUCGAUGAAAAUCAGGUUCUGCAAAGGUACGAUAGUGCUAUUCAGUUCCUUAGAAAUUUCUACAAAGUUAGGUUGGAGAUGUACCAUAAGAGGAAGGACUACUUGGAAGGUAUCUUACAAGCGGAAGCUUCAAAACUCUCGAAUCAGAGUAGAUUUAUUCUCGAGAAGUGUGACGGUACGUUAGUCAUCGAAAAUAAAAAGAAGAAAGACAUGAUAGCGGAACUGGUGAAACGAAAGUACGAUUCCGACCCGAUCAUCGCAUGGAAGUUGACCCAAAACAGAGAUGAGAUUCUGGAGGAGAUAACCGAGAAUGCCGAAGAGGAAAUUUCAGCAGCGGCAGUAGAGAAGGAAAACUUCGAUUACCUUCUUGGUAUGAGUAUGUGGAAUUUAACAAAAGAGAAGAAGGACGAGCUGCUGCGUCAAAGAGACGAAAAAAUGGCUGAGCUUAAGAGGUUACAAGCACGCACACCAAUGUCUCUCUGGAAAGAGGAUUUGGACAAUUUAUUGGCCGAAUUAAACAAAAUAGAGGAAAAGGAAAAGAAAAAUGAAAGCAAGUCCCAAAUAGGAAUAAAGAAACCUCCACAGAAGUUCUACAGUUCUGAUGGAAUGCGUCGAGUCGUUCCAAUCAUCGAUACGGAAUUAAAGAAGAAAAUCGAAAAAGCGGAUAUCGUUUCAAAGGAUAAGAAAGACGGAAUAAAGAAACAACCGAAGGUGAAGAAAGAGAUCAAGGAGGAGAAAGACGAAUUUGAUGCAUUGGUUGAAAACAAUGCUAAAAGUCUGGACGAUAGACUUGGAAAUUCCCCGGAAAAAAUAGAAAAGAAAGCAGGCAAGAAAGGAGGUGGUAAGCAAACAACGUUACCCUUCAAACCAAUUAAAAAAGGCAAGAAGAAAGAUGCCAGCAGUGAUGAAAGUGAUGAUGAUAUUGAUUUCGGAAGUCUUUCACCUCCCCGAGCUCGAACAAAACCCAGUUCAGAAGAAUUAUUCGACUCUCUGGUUAGUCAUUCGCCAGAUGAAAAACCAUCGAGGGGAUCUGUUUUGUCCUCUAGUGAAGAUUCACCUGUGAAGCCUACAGCUAAAAAAGCUGCUUCUAAGAAGAAGCCCGAAAAUGGAGGUGGAAAGGGACCUAAGAGACCCAGAAAGAAGAAGGCUGCGAAAUCGUCUGGCUCUGAGUCUGACGAUAUUUUCGAGGUGAAAACCAGCCCUGUGAAGAAACGCAAAAAGAAGUCUGAAUCCGAAGAUGAAAAUAUGUCAGAUAGUUCACCACCACCGCGCACAACCGCGAGACGUGCUGCUCGAAAGCCAGUCUCGUAUGCACUCAAGUCUGAUGACGAGUCAUCUGAAUCAGAGUUAGAAUUAAUGUAAGAGCAUUACCAUAGAUGUGCAGAGUGCAAAGGACCUAAUGAGGCAAUGUUCAAUUGGCAUUCCACUUCACAAUUUCGCACUUGAGGGACGUUCACCUAGAUUGAUUUGCCCAGUUAAUAUUUCUAAUUCAUAUGUGUAUUAACGGAAGUACACUUACUAGGCAAGUAACUUACCGAAACAGUAUGUAAAGUUUUACAGUUUUACUCAAUAUGUAAAAAAAGAGAUAAAUACGACGUCUCUUAUUGCGGAUAAACUUUUACAAUUGUUCAUAAUGCGCUUGAACUUUAGAACAUUACGAUUGUACUAACAGGUCAUUAUAGUGAAUCGAUAAGAUGAGUAAUCGUCAUCAUAAUCAUCGUUUGAUAAUUAAUUUUAGCGUUUUUAUGCAUUUUUUAGAUUCAGAUUCGAUGGUCGAUUAUAGUUAUACACUGCUGAUAGUGAUUUUUUAAUGUCGCUUCUUAACUAUCUGCGUCGUUACAUAUUUAAUUUGACGAGGUUUUCGGUUCGAGCCGUUGUGAACUCGAUCUUAUUAUUAUUUUUAUUAUUAUUGCAUAGAAAAACUCAAACGCAAUUUAAAAAGAUCUCAUACGUGAAUUCUCUUUUUCUACUAUAUAAUUAGAGAUUAGGCAUUAUUUAUUUGCCUUAAUUAUCAUUUGAUUCGUUUUUUUCCCAACGAUGAGAUUAAUUUCACGAUUGUCAAAACAUAUUGUAUUACAAUAUUAACGGUCUUACUUAAUGACCGAAGAAAGCUCGAAAUUAUAAUUAAUAAAUGUGUUUGUAAGGAACCGUUA